UCUGACCAGGCAGAGAGCCGUCCAAGAGAACGGCCAGAUGUUGGAGCGCCGGGAAACUGAGAAAAAAAACAGGUGGCCGGAGCAGAGACUGGUGCGGUGGGGUUUUCCUCAUCCUUUGGGCAGCCCCAUGGGACUCUUGGCCACAGCCGUCGUAUUUUGCAUGCUGCUGGACCCAGUGUUCCUCCAGACUCUGGAGCAGCAGGAUCUUCCAACUGUGGAAGGGGUCCCCAGUCUAAAUAUGAGGUUUGAUUCUUGGAGAAUGGAACUGAGUUGGGACUGCAAAGAAAACACUACCUACCUCGAAUGCGUGAUGAUUCACAAGGAGAAUGGGCCAAUCGAAAUAACACCCCAGGAGAAAGAAUGUCACUGCAAGUUUUCGGAUUAUUCUCUCCAUGAUGGAGUCACGUUCAUGGUUAAAGUAAAUAGCACCCAAAGACUGAUUCCAGAAACACUGGUCUACAAUAACUCAGGUGGGGAGUGCACAGCUGCCCAAAAUUUCUCCUGUUUUAUCUACAACGCAAACUUCAUGAACUGCAGUUGGGCAAAGGGUCAAGCUGCCCCUGAUGACGUCCAAUAUUUUUUGUAUAUACGAGACUCGGGAGGAAAAAGGGAAAGAGAGUGUCCUCAUUACAUAGAAGACUCGGGAACCCACGUGGGCUGUCACCUGGAAGACCUCUCAGGAUUAGCGAACUACAAUUAUUUCCUGGUGAACGGUACCAGCCAACGGACAGGAAUCCAGUUCUUUGAUUCGGUUUUGUCAUGGAAGAAAAUCGAAAUAUAUAGCCCGCCCAACAAUAUCAGCGUGCAUUGCAACGAGUCCUACUGUGUGAUCCGAUGGGAAAAGCCCAAGACCCGACAUAAGCUGUCCAACAUGGAGUUCAAAUACCAGCUGGACAUCCAGAAACAGAUUGAGGUGCCUGGUAAUUUGGAAAAUAAGUACAGCUUCCCAAGUCCGGAGCCCAGACCCAAGCAUGUUGUGAAAAUAAGGACCUCAGACGCGCGGAUCCAGAAGUGGGGUGACUGGAGCCAGCCCGUUGAGUUUGGUUCCGAGGAAACCGCACCGAGCCUCGUGCCCAUCUAUGUACUGGUGGUCUUGGGGACCCUCAUCACUGCCCUGGUCCUUGGCUGCCUUUUGAAAAGGUUCCUCGCGUCACAGAGCUUCUUCCCACCGAUUCCGCACAUCAAAGACAAAUGGAACGAUGCCCAUCAGCCCGACCACCAGGUCAUCUGGGAGAACUUCACCUCGGACACGGAAAAAGGUGACAACGAAGAGAUCCUCACCGUGGAAGAAGUCACAGUGGCCCCAGCGAGCCUGUGA